CAUGGUAUGAUGAGGGGAAAAUCGGCAUAUUCAUCCACUGGGGAGUGUUUGCUGUUCCAGGCUUUGGCAGUGAAUGGUUCUGGUACAACUGGCAAGGCCAGAAACUUCUGGCUUAUGUCGAGUUCAUGAAAAUGAACUAUCGACCAGACUUCACUUACGCAGAUUUUGGCCCCAUGUUCAGAGCUGAAUUUUACAAUCCCGGACAAUGGGCUGAUAUUUUCAAAGCUGCAGGGGCAAAAUAUAUUGUGCUGGUGACCAAGCAUCACGAAGGUUUCACCAACUGGCCGUCCAAGUAUUCCUUCAACUGGAAUGCUGGUGACCUUGGACCGAACAGAGAUCUUGUCGGUGACCUUGCUGAUGCUAUACGCUCAAAUACAGAUAUCAAAUUUGGUGUUUACCAUUCAAUGUUUGAGUGGUUUAAUCCAUUGUUUUUGAAGGACCAAGCUAACGGCUUCAGGACACAGGAGUAUGUCAAGACCAAGACGUUGCCCGAGCUGUAUGAGCUGGUCAACCGCUACAAGCCGGACGUGGUGUGGUCUGACGGGGAGUGGAUGGCCUUGGACGAGUACUGGAACUCCCCGGAGUUCAUCGCUUGGCUCUACAAUGACAGCCCAGUGAAAGACACAGUGGUGGUCAACGACCGAUGGGGAAACAACACACGAUGCAAGCACGGAGGAUUCUGGGACUGCACUGACCACUACAAGCCAGGGAAACUGGUGCCCCACAAGUGGGAGAACUGUAUGACCAUCGACAAAUACUCGUGGGGUUAUCGCCGCAACGCUCGUCUCGCUGACAUCCACACCAUGGAGGAACUCAUUGAGCAGUUGGUCACCACCAUCAGCCUGGGUGGAAAUCUGUUGAUCAACGUGGGCCCGACGGCGUACGGGGAAAUUGCUCCGAUCUACGAGGAGCGGCUGAGGCAGAUGGGCUCGUGGCUGGGCGUCAAUGGAGAGGCCAUCUACAAAACCAAGAUCUGGACGUACCAGAAUGACUCUGUGGCUCCAAAUGUCUGGUACACCUCUGGUCAGACAAACAGCUCAGAGCCCGCCGUGUACGCCAUCUUGCUAAGUUGGCCGACCAGCAACUCUCUCAGGCUAGGGAGCCCUGUGGCAUCGGCCGACACCCAAGUCUCUCUGCUGGGCUACCCGGGACAGUUCCAGUUCAAACCGGUCCCCGGUGGCGGCCUGGACAUCUCGAUCCCAUCCAUCCCCACCAGCAGCAUGCCCUGUGAGUGGGGCUGGGUCCUCAGACUGACCGCGCUCAAGAAUCAGGAGACCAAGAUUGACCCCGCGGCUUUUGCAAAGUCUGUGCAGUCGAUCCGCAUGAGGAAGGAAGAACCCGUGACCCCCAAGUAGACGUCUUUUGUGACAGCUCCGGUAGAGUCUGCGUAAACUGAGUGCAGUUUAUUGGAAAACGGAAAGAAAAAAGAAUCUUCGAUUGUUUUUUUUUUUUUUUUUUUUUUUGGAGGGGGUUCUUUUUUCACUAUUUGAGCUGUCUCUCUACUCUCUAAACUGAAAACCUAGCUAAACCAUAGAAAAUCUGGCAGUCCUGCCAGAUAUCAGUUUUCGUGGACUUCACUGUUGUGUUUCUGAGACUCACAAUACCAGAAGUAAGCUGCAAAGUUACCUCAAGCGUUAAAGUUCUGUACAUAUUUCCACACUGUAUAGCCUUUUCAUCUUUUACUAGCACACAUUUCAUGCAUUGAAAAUGUUUCAUGUCUUUCAGAAUAUGGUAUAAGUAGGGGCCUACCUAAUGCUGAUUUUAGGUUCUAUUUUCACCAACUUGACUUUAUUAGGAAUGGCUCUGCGAUAGUAUUUCACUGUUCAGCUACACAACUUACUAUUCAUUUCGCCAAGUUUUAUUGAGCAUUUUGUCAAAGAUGUAAUAAUACGUCAAAUGAAACUGAUUCCAUCAUUUAGUAACUUUUGCCAGAAAGUUCAAUGAGUUACGGCAUUCUAGCAACAGUGUUGUCUGUUGAUUUCCCAGCAGAAAUACCCUACAGCAGUGCUGUGUGGAUUCCGUGGCAGAAAACUCCGUCUUCGUUAAUUGAGAGAUAGGAAGUCCCUGAACAACAAGACAUUUUCAAUAGCCUGAUGUCAAAAUGAGCUUGAAUUUGAAUGUCUGCUGGAAUUUAUUUUACCGUAGAACUCGAGACAAAUAGCUCCGUAAGCACUAUUACAUGUAUUGGUUGUAUUGUCGAAAAAAAAUUAUUCAAAAAGAGAUUAUCUCAUUGUUUUUAUCUGGACAGGCAUGUUCUGAUAACUGUAGAUUCAUUGUGAACUUUUGUACGCCUACAGUACAGCUAUCUAAAUGAAGGUUUUGUCUCAUUUCCUUGGCUUUGUAUAUUUCAACGCUUUCUAAAUGUUUAUCAUAUUGUCUGUCUGGUUAGAAAUGUUUGCAGUAGCAAUUGGAGAGCCUGCCUGUUUGUCACUUCAUAUAUAGCGAGGAACUGUCAUGUUUGAAGUGUUUCAAUUUGAUGGCUUUCAGAAAUUCAAAUUCUUCAGAAAUACCAUAAAUUUGUUACUGAAAUUAAAAGUUUUACGACAGAAUAUGAUGUCAGUCAAUAUGAAAUUGUUAAAAUGAAAAAAUAAUCAUAAUUGAAGUUAUGUAAUUUUAAGUUUAUGGUGAGUAAAUCUUUUGGUGAAACUUUUCUGUAAAUUGUGUUGAUCAAGGUUUUUUUUAAAAAGCUGAUUUUUAAGACAAAGAUCACUGUACAGUUUUUUGUUUUCUGGAUUGUGGGAAGAGAAGUCCACUAUGUCUGCUGUGCAUAGUUUUAGAAUCAGCUUCUGUGUGUUGAUGAAUAUCGUGGCUGGCCUGAAAUAUUGCUGGUAUUGCUGAAUAUUUGAUGGUGUUUUGUCUCAACUCAAACUUUGUCUUGCCAUCCCUGUACUGUAUUUUCUAAACAAAAUGUUUACCGAGUUUUUAAGUUACAGUUUUAUCAAUACCUCAGUGGUAAUAGAGUGAAUGUACUAUGUGGCAUUUGCUUCAUGAGAGUGACGGAUUAUUUGUGCUCAAGUGUUUUAUGCUUCUUUGGGGAAAGAAAAAAGACAGAAAGAUAAUAAAGUUAGUGAGCUGAUUAAUAUGUGACCUGCAAAUAUUAUUUGAGUUAUGUAUGUUUACGUAUGCAGCGAGUUGGCAAAAUCUGAAUAAAAAAUUUGUUUGCAUUCCAUUUUUCACUUUUAGCUUGUGUUAAUGUUUUUACAUGGGUGCAUUGCUUGGUCAGUGGUGACUUAAUUUCCUGAAUGGAAGCGUUUUCGUUCUGAAUGUUUUCUGAAAGAAUUGUUUUAUGACAGUUUUCCUCAAGCUGUCCUCACCAUUGGGUCACCGAUGAGUCCACAUUUUACUCAUUGAGCGUUUAGCUCACUGUCUGUUUUUGUGUUUUGAGGGUGAUCUAUCUUUUGUUUCUCCGGCGUGGGUUGUUGGAGGGUGCUAAGGUGUGGUUUGCUUCUUGUUUCCUAUGAAACAUCUAUCGUCCUUAUCACUCCUUCUUUUUUGUGUGUGUAACUCUCUUGUAACACUUCUAAUCUUCGGCACUUAUAUGACCAUAUUGUGUUACAAGUGCCGUAAAACACUUACUAAAACUAAAACUAAACUAAGAUCCAUCUUUUGUUUCUCCGGCCUCUCAGGAUAGUACAGGGAACUGAUUUUGUACAGAUGAAGCUUUUAUUACUUUUAUGUGCGGUUUUAUUUUUACCCUGCCCAUUUUUUUGUGUCACUUUUAUGUUUAAUAGUCCCAACAAAAUGGGCAGCGGUUUAACUGUUAGUUUACUGUUGGUGGAAACAAACAGGAGAACUGCUGUUUACCCUCUGAGUUCUUUUUUCGUUAUCUUUCCCCCCUCAUUGUAAUGUUGCUUCAUUCUUCAUUCACUAUUACAAUGAUGAGUAAAUGACUCAUGCAGGCAUAACGAUGGACUCAGCUGGAAGUGGUCACAAGCUUCUGUAUUGUAAUUUUUCCCGUUGGUUUAUUGUCUCUCAAUGUAGACAGCUUUUUAUGAGUGAGAAUAACACAGCUGAGAUGGACAGUUUUAGAUUUUUACUGUUUAUACUUAUACACAUAGAUACACCACAUAUGCAAGUCCAUUUGUCUUUUUCCAUUUUUAUAUUGUGUGUAUGGUGAAAAAGUAAUGUAUGGUUCGCCCUGUGUAAAGUAAUCCCUUUGAUUUAAGCUUACUGUUUGUGGGCAGAAAGGCACCCGCUGAAAAGUCACUGGAUGGACAACAACAGCAACAACAUAAUUUAGUGAAAGGAGCCUCCACACUAGUUAAGAACUUGUCAUUUCUACAGCUGGAGUGUCUCUUUUUCUACAUUUAGUACAAACAACACACUUUAUGGAGAACUUGCAUUAAAAUUCAGCUUUUGCAAUUUAAAAAAUUAUGAACUAAAAUAAACUCUGUAUACAUGAUGUACGACAUAUAUACUGUUUGAUGUGAAAGUGGCAACAGUCCACGGUUUUAUCAAAUAAAUGUCAUUGAGUUUGGAAAA